AACAUAGGGAGAAGGAGAGAAGAGAGAUAGACGGAGAGUACGAUAAGGUCGGGAAUCAGAAUAAAUAAUUAUGUACCAUAAUUAGCUUCUCAAGUGUUUCACUACGAAUAGUAAAUUGCUUUGUAAUAUUUGCUUACAAUGCACAAGUGAAUUUUUUAUAACAAAAUUUUUGUGUUUGAAUCUAAGACGUGUUUUUAUUUUUAUAUCAUGUUAAAAAUUUAUUGUCCUCUGUGUUAUCGAAAUAUUUGUAAAAAUGGCCUUGUAGCGCAUCUAAUUGAAUUUACAAUUCCGAAUUUCAAAAGAUUAAAAGCGUUAAAUAAGUGAGCGAGGAUAUUGAACCAAGAUGUUAAAAGGGUUUGAAGAUGACGCAGGCGCAAAAUUGCACCAAUUCACUUCUAGUCAGAAGCUGCGCAAUUUUGCACGCGUCUGGAUAAAUCGUUGGAGGGUGUUUUAUGCGGGAGAUGCUGCAAAUCACCUGAGUAUAACACCACCACCACCGUCACUACCUGUGAUGGGUAACCUGCAAAGUGAUGGCAAGAAAAAACAACGAAAAUCAAAAGACUCCAGUGCCAUCCUCGAUGAAACAGCAGGAACUCCAAUUCAAUCAUCAAAUGUUAAAAUCUCCCUUGACAAAGUUCGCACACCUGUCAAGAGGCCAGCACCAAAGCCACCACCUAUUAUCAAGUCAAAAAAAGAGGAAGAAACAAAACAGAAGGAAGAGGAGGAGACGAGGAGGAGGAGGAGUAGCAGUAGUAAAGAGAAUGAGCCGAAUAAUGAUGAACGUGAGGAAGUUAGAAAAACAGUUUCAGUGGACCUGGAGAUUAAGGCCCAACGACCAUCCGAGCCUGCCUCCCCACCCACGAGUGAGAACCUGGAGGGCGAGAGGAACAUCUCGCACUCUUCGGAUCCGAUCGCGACGGACCUCACGAAUGUGCCACCACUCGGGGUUUUACCGGUAGAUACCGAGGGUCCACCUCUACUCGUGACCGACUCUUGGCGUCGUGUUAACAAGAGUGUAACCACCCCAGAAAUCCCAACACCGCCAAGUCAACAAUCGUCGAGCGACAGUGUUUUCACGGAUCCCGACGAAAUCACAAUGGUUGCCGAAAAUGAAAUUCGAAUUGAAAAAUCCCUCAUCUGUCCCACCAAAGACAUCAAGGACAAUAAUAAUCAGCCCAGUGAGGAAUUUAAGUCACCAUUCUCCGUUUCCCGUCACAGGAGAGUUGAACUGACACCAGUUUCCCACAAAAUUGGGAAUCUGCACUCGAACUCGUCCAGAUCGUCUCGAAGACACAGUAUCAACGAUGACGGAACAGUUCUCAAGAGAGUGGCCAGUCUCACUUUAGACAGGGUCACCCUUGACACAAGAAGCAGUAGCAGAAAGAUAAAUCUCACACCACAAAAAUUGGAGACACAUCGAUUUGAAAAAUUCGAAGGACGAUACGUUGUGAAGUGGAUUACGGCAGGAGUUUUAAAACAUCUUAAUAAAACAACCCAAAUGUCAGAAGCGGAACUAAAGAAAAUUUGCUCUGCAUUUUGUGUCCAUUUAGUGUCGGCUGGAAUUUUAAAACCCGCCCUUUCCAAUGAAGAAAAUUCGACAUUCACGCCAGAUGAUAUAUACUACUGGGCAACUCAGGAGCCGGUCGCUUUCGUUCCGGGUAAACUGAGUCAAGAGUCUUCGCCUUCAGAUUCCGUAAAAUGUCUACAAGAUGAGGUGGACAGUUUGCAGAAGGAAGUGGAAAGACUUCGUCAAAUGGAGAGGAUCAAUCAGGACAAAUUACGUUCCACUAUGCAUGAUGCAAAAGAAUUAUCACUUUCAUUAAGGCAUCAGAUAGAAGAACCUAGUCAUCAAAAACCAGGAGCUGAAAUUUCUCUUCAAUUUUCUUUACCAGGAAUUGGAAGUCCACUUUCUCUUCAGUCAGUUCCUGAGGCGGACAGUCCUCCCCCAGUGACAGGGGGACGACUUCCAACCGUGCCUGGAAAUGAAGAUGAUCCUCCCUCCACAAUACCUGAAGUUGAUGGUUCAUUCUCAGGAAGUGAAGCAGAAACUUCUAUAUAUGUGGCUGGUCCACCACCACCACCUCCUCCUUUACCUCAAGUAACAGGAGCACCUCCUCCUCCACCUAUGCCUCCUCCUCCUCCUCCUCCUUUACCUGAAACAAUAGCGAUACCACCACCUCCACCUAUUUCUGGAAUAAUAGGAGCACCUCCUCCUCCACCUAUGCCUGGAGUAACAGCAGCCCCUCCUCCACCUCCGUUUCCUGGAAUUGUCUGCCCACCACCUCCACCUAUGCCUGGAGCACCUCCACCGCCUCCAAUGCCUGGAAUGUCAGUUCCACCACCACCACCACCACCUCCCGUGCCUGGAAUUGGAGGAAUUCCUCCACCUCCACCAAUGUUUGGAGCUGGAGGACCACCAGUUCCACCGCCGCCAAUGCCUGGAUUAGGAGGUCCACCACCUCCUCCACCAUUUGGAAGUCCAGCGCCUUUUCCAACACCCCCUGCUGGAGGUUGGAAUCCACCAAAUAAACCAGUGAUGAGGAAGGAACUAUUAAAUCCUGAGGUUCCAAUGAAGCCUCUCUACUGGACCAGAAUUCUCGUGCAAGGUGAAAAAGUACCACUCGAUAGUCCAGAAUCUCCAGAGACUCCACUCUGGGUGAAUCUGGAAGAAGACAAGGACCUAAAUAUCAAAGAAUUCGCGGAAUUAUUUUCACGACAAGUCACUGAAAGAAAGCCAACAAUGAAGAAAGAUGAGACCGUCAAGCAAUCAAAGAUACAGCCUGCUAAAAUUUUAGACUCCAAAAGAUCCAAGAUGGUUGGAAUAUUGGAGAAAAGUCUUCAUGUCGAUUUUAGCGAGGUGGAGAAUGCGGUUUAUAAUUUGGACACAAGUGUCGUGAAUCUCGAAGCUCUUUAUCAAAUUUACGAAGUCAGACCAUCUCCAAAGGAAUUGGAAGACAUUGCAAUGCAUGAAGCUGAGCAUCCUGAAAUUCCACUUGAUUCACCGGAAGUAUUUUUAAAGCGUCUAUCGGGAAUUCAACAUUUUACCGAAAGAAUAGCGUGUCUGAUGUUUCAAAUAGAAUUUCAAGAUGCAAUAUCAUCAGUUUCAUCAAAAUUGACAAAUCUCCGUUCACUUUGUGAAUAUAUGAAGAAUUCGAGUUCAUUGAAAAAAGUCAUGGCACUAAUACUCACUCUCGGCAAUUAUAUGAAUGGAGGGAAUAGAAUGAGGGGUCAAGCCGACGGCUUCGGUCUCGAGAUCCUUGGCAAAUUGAAAGAUGUCAAGUCUAAAGUGCCUGGAGUGACCCUCUUACAUUACGUCGUGAAGAUGAAAUUAACACUUAAGGGAGAUUACACUUUUGAUGAACCGUUACCGUUACCGGUUCCAGAGCCUGCAGACGUUGAAGCAGCGGGUUCAAUCAAUUUCGAGGAAAUUUCCAAGGAAUUGGAUCGCCUUGAAAGAGAAUUGGAUGGUUGUAGGAGAAAAUGUCAUAUUGUCGUUGAAGGAAAUCCCAAAAAUGCAGGACCAUUUAGGAAAAAAAUGGAUUCGUUUUUAAAAGAGGCAGUGACUGAAUUAGCGAGUGAGAAGAAAAGUUUACAAGAAGCAAAAAAUAAAUUUCGAGGUGUUAUGUUAUAUUAUCAAUACAUUCCCAAAGGCUGUACAAUCGACUCUGCCGAUCCUCAUGAUUUCUUCAUGCUUUGGCUCUCCUUCUGUCAAGAUUUUAAGGAUAUUUGGAAAAAGGAGCAGCAAAGAAUAAGAACUGAAAAAAUCGAGCAAGUACGACAAAAGUAUGGAAAGAGGAGAAAUUUCGAAGUUGUGAAAAAAAGUGAAACUGGUUUAAAGGCUAGAUUACAGAAAUUAACGUCAAAAAGAUGAGACACGGUGUUAAUGUUUUCCUCUCUUUUUCUUAUUAAAACUAAAAUUGUUUGUGAUAUAUUUAUAGUUUUUAUAGUGUAACAUAACUAUUUGUACGUAAUUUUUUUUUUGUACAUAUUUUGUAAGUUGUAUAAUAUUUUGUGAAUACUAUUUUUUUACUCUCAUUAGUGGAAAGAAAAUUGAAUAAUUAUAUUAUACAUGACAUUGUAGGAUUAUGUGUUGUAUUGUUUUUUGUUAUUUGUAAAUAUAAAAAUAUGCAUCGAUCGUUUAUUGAAUGUUAAGUUUAACGCACAAAAAAUCUAUAAAAUGUAAAAUAAUCAUUAAUCAUUUUGAGACAAAUAAUUAAUAAUAAAAAUCAUUUUUAUAAAAAAA